GAAGGAGUGAGUGAGUGGUUGCUCCUCUGACUGGGAGGGCUUAGUGGGGCCCCCAGUGUCAGAGACUCUGCAGAGAUCACUGCAGCUUAUGUUUAGCUCUGCUUUUUCCCUAUUUCCUGGGAACCAACUGCCUCUUGGAGAUGAGGAAUUUGUGGCCCCAGUGUUGGACUGAGGCAGAGGACUGGGUUAUGUGAGCAGCUUGGGGCAGGUGCAAAUUCUGAGGGCAUUAUUUGUGGUCUUCUGGGGUCCUUGUGACUCUGAAAUUUCUCCAGCUGCUGUGUUUAGAGAUGCUGCAGGAAGUCACAGCCUUUCAUAGGUGGGAGAACAAAGAAGCAGCUCUAAAAUAUGGAAGGGCGCUGCAGUCACUCCUUGCUCUGCUGUCUCACUUCCCUGCUUCUCCUUGUCCAGCUGUCCACAGAGCAGUUCCAGGUUGUUGGCCCUCGACACCCCAUUGUGGCAGUGCUGGGCGAGGAUGCCAUACUGCCCUGCUCCCUAGUCCCAGCCAUGAAUGCAGAGAACAUGGAACUGGGGUGGUUCCGCACCACAUUCUCACAAACAGUGUUCAUCUACUGGAACCAACGGGAACAGACUGAGGAGCAGAUGGCUGAGUACAGAGGGCGGACCUCACUGGUGAGGGGCUGCCUUACUGAGGGGCAUGCUGCCAUGCACCUCCGCAAGGUCCGGGUUUCUGACAAUGGAAUGUACACCUGCUUCUUCAGACAUGGAGGCUUCUAUGAAGAGGCCGAUUUGGAAGUGAAGGUGGCAGGGAUGGGCUCUGCCCCCCAAGUGCACAUAGAAGGGCCAGAAGAGGAUGGAGUGCGUGUGGUGUGCAAAGCCUCAGGAUGGUUCCCAACGCCCCAGGUGCAGUGGAGAGACCUCAGUGGAAAAAAGUUUCCAGCGCUUUCUGAGGCCCACACCCAAGACACUGAGGAGCUGUUUAGUGUGGAGGCCACUCUGGUGGUGAGAGACAGUUCUGUGGGGAAUGUGACCUGCUCUGUCCUCAACCCUGUCCUGGGCCAGGAGAAGGCCAUGGCUAUUUACAUCCCAGAGCCCUUCUUCCCUCAGGCUUCUCCCUGGAAGCCAGCAUUUGCUGUGAUCCUGACCGUGCUGGGGCUCCUACUCUUGGGGGCUAGCUAUUUAAGCACCAAAGAACAUUCCAGAAGGAUGCAGGUGAGGCAGGAAAAGGAGGAUCUGCGGCGGAUUAAGGAGGAGGAACAGCAGGCAAAGGAAGAGGCACUGAAGACCAUUGAUGAACUCCAGACAGAUCUCAGUAAGUUCUGCUUUCCUGAUGAAUUUUCUAUGAUUUGAUGGUAGUGGACUUUCUAGUUCCUACCUCUUCUCAUUUCU